CAGUUUAUCUGGAGACUAUAUUUAGGUUUGGACCAUGAACCCAACCCCGAGGAUGCAGCAAUUUGGACUGCAAAGACUGCAAUCAUAUGGUUCAAUAUUACGGAGUUGCACCACAAUGAUCGUGUCAAGAUGCAAGAAAUACGAUGCGAUCCAACUUCUUUGUCACCUUGGCAUCUCAAAAGGGUCGACACUCAAUGGGGUGUUAAUAAUUGGAAAGAUUUUGUUCCGAAAUGGUACAAGAUGUGGCGUAUGCGUAACCAAUAUGUUUUACAAUUCUCUGUUUUCCUCAACCAGAAUAGUAUGCGACACACAAAUCAGUAUAUUGAUUGGUAUAUAUCGGUUGCUAACCCUGAAAUACACGUCUCUCACCCAAGGUAUUUGAUCGAUCCACGCACACGAUAG